UUUCUGUAGAGCUCCGCCCCCUUUAGCAGUAAGCUAGUGUGCUGCUGUGACACAGUAAUGUCCUUCCCCGCCGACUUGGAUGCUCACGACGUGAUGAAGACCAAAGAGACAAAGUCAGCCGCACAGUAGGUGUCGGGCAGCCCUGUCCACUGGCUGCAUACCAAACAGUGUAGAUAGGGUGACAAAAUCAACAGUCCGACACUGGACCGCUUUGCAGCUGGGGCGUGAAUGAAGACAGGCAGCUCAUCAGCAAGCCCUGAGCUGGCUGAUCCCAGACCAGAGAGGAGACCUCGUUCAGGGUGAAUGUGAGGGAUCUUUGGCGAGCAGUGGCCUGAAGGCAUUUCAGUUUCUGAGAUGUCAGUCAAACAACCGGACGGGAUGUCCAUCGCCCAGGCUUUGGCCAUGACUGUGGCCGAGAUACCAGUGUUUCUCUAUUCCACAUUUGGGCAGUCCAUAUUUUCUCAGCUGAAGCUCAGCCCGAACUUGAAGAAGGUGCUGUUCGCCACAGCGCUGGGAAGCGUCGCUUUGGCGCUUACCGCUCAUCAGCUGAAAAGAAGAGGGAGGAAACGUAAGCAGGCAGUACAGGGGAAGGAGGGCCAGAAGACUGUGGGAAUACCUGAGGCACUGAUGAAGACAGGACGACCUUCGUCAUUAAAGAGAGGUCAGAUUACUGGCCGACAGAUGAUGAGUCCAAGCACGCGGAGCAAUGACACCAUGAGUGGAAUUUCUUCCCUGGCCCCCAGUAAACACUCAAGUUCCUCACACAGCCUGGCAUCUAUGCGGGUCCCGAGCUCUCCAAAUCAGUCUGUUAAUCCAUCCACCCCCUGGGAAGCAGAGCCUGUGGUGGAGGAGUCUGGGGCAGUGGAGGAUGCAAACGCAGAGAAUCUCUAUUUAAUGGGGAUGGAGCUGUUUGAGGAAGCGCUCCAAAAGUGGGAACAGGCCUUGAAUAUUCGUCAUCCCACACACUCGAGCUCCAGCAACAACAGCCUUGCUCUGCAGGGUGCAGCGUGUGGAGACUUUCCGAUGGUUGAAGCCCGUAAUAAAGUGUUUGCUGAGAAGCUGGAGACAUUACUGCACAGGGCGUAUCACCUACAAGAAGAUUUUGGUAGCAGUAUCCCAACAGACAGCGUGCUGGCAGACUUCGAGAGUGAAGGAACUCUUAUCUUGCCUACGGUGGAGAGUUUCCACCGACUGCGGGAUGACGAUGCGACUACAGUUACCUCUGACGACUCCUUUUUCUCGGCUGCAGAGCUAUUUGAUGCCAUGUGUCUGGGAGACGUCUACCAGACGCUGAAGCCAGCAGCUCUCUACGAAGAAGCCGUGUCUCUGGUCCGGGAGAGCAAAGUGGCUUAUCGGUCUCUGAGGACUGAAUUACUGGAAUGUUUUGGUGACCAAGACUUCCUGGCCAAGCUUCACUGUGUGAGACAAGCGUUUCAGAUGCUGUUGUUAGAUGAAACUCACCGCACGUUUUUCAUGGAGACUGGGAAACAGAUGAUUACAGGCUUAAUGGUGAAGGCAAACAAGAGUCCCAAAGGCUUUCUGGAGAGCUACGAGGACAUGCUGCUGUACACUCAGAGGGAGGAGACGUGGCCCGUCACUAAGAUGGAGCUGGAGGGCAGAGGGGUGGUGUGUAUGAACUUUUUCGAUAUCGUGUUGGACUUCAUCCUGAUGGAUGCGUUUGAAGACCUGGAGAGCCCGCCCUCCUCCGUGGUAGCUGUUCUGAGGAACCGCUGGCUCUCUGACAGCUUCAAAGAGACGGCUCUUGCAACAGCUUGCUGGUCUGUCCUCAAAGCGAAAAGACGUCUUCUUAUGGUUCCAGAUGGUUUUAUCUCCCACUUCUACGCCAUAUCAGAACAUGUGAGCCCUGUAUUAGCUUUCGGCUUUUUGGGACCCAGGCAGCACUUAAGUGAAGUGUGCACAAUCUUCAAGCAACAAAUCGUUCAGUACCUUAAGGACAUGUUUGAUCACGACAAGGUCCGCUUCACCUCCACUCAGUGCUUGGCUGAGGACGUCCUGAACCUUUCCCACCGCCGCAGUGAGAUUUUACUGGGUUACCUGGGAAUCGAUAGUCUCAUGGAGCUCAACGGCGCCCUUCCCAGAGACACAGAGGGCUCAUCUGGGUCCAACAAAGACAGCUACGGUCACUGAGAGCUUCAUAGAGGCUGGAAACAGUGGGCUGGCUGACCAGGAGGGAACGGCAAGGACUCACAGCUCAGCAUCUGUACUUCCACAUAAGACUGGAAUCAAGUUAUGAGUCCAGGCAUUAUGCAUUCAAACGUGUAUUCAUCAAAAUCAACUACUGUAAGAGGAUAUUCCCCCCCCACCCCACCCCCCACACCACCAGAUCUACUGUCUCGAUGGUCCUCAGUUAAUAAGAGAGACUGUUGGAUAUGACUCUGUCUCUCUUGUUAUCAGCUGCUGUUGCGUAUCAAAGAAAUGCCUACUGUAGUCAUGUGAUCUCAGACGUGUGAGGACUCGUCUCUGCCUUGUUUCGUUACAUGGACACUUCUUGAAAACACACCUGACAGAAGCUUCGACAACACGGAAGACCGGGCCUUCUACACUGUAACUCCACAUGGAUCAAGUCUUUUCGGAGAACAUGUGGCUUCACUGUAACUUUCCUUUAAGCUGACUUGUGGAAUUUAAUUGGACAUCAAGGUUUUUGUUAUUAUGUGAACAGAAAUGGUAUUAGGUUUUUUUUUUUUUUUUUUACAUUAAAGGGGGAAGUUUUGUUAACUGUGAUGAUUCCAGAUGUGCUCGGCCAGCUGUCGACUUGUGCUGCUGCAUGAUGGACCCUAAUGGAUUUGUCACUUCAGUUACUGUCCCUUAAUCGUCUUUAAUCUGAAGAAAUAUCUGCCCCAGGUGGGUCAAUCAAGAACGAGAGGAUGCCAAAUAUUCCAAAAAGUGUACUCAAUUUAAAAAAAAAAAUGUUAAGAUGACAUACUUCAUCUUAUUUCUGAUCCCUCAGAAUUUAUCUAACAAAUGAUAAACAUCUAUCAAACUGAGGUGGCAUGAAAAGAAACUUCCCACUUCCCCAUCUGAUUACAUCCCAUGUAGGAUAAUUGUUCGUUUUGAAGUCGGAACAGAGCAAAAAUUCUGUUAACGUGCUCUCAGGAAGUAACGAGUAUUGUAGCUUGAAAUCAGUAUAAGGACGUGAGUAAUGCAGUGCUUCAUGUUUGUUUGUUGUUUUGUUAUUCUUGAGUUCAUUUAUUUAUUGUUUGAGGCAUUUGAUUUCCUUCCAAACAUUUUGAUCUAAACUGUACAAGGUGCUCAUCUUUGAUUCAUAACACAGAAAAUUUGACAAAAUGAUUGACAUUUUAUAGGACAAAUAAUCCAAAAGGUAAUAUCAAGGUACAAAUCGGAGUACUGAGAAUAUAGUAAAGUGUCUCAUGUGGUGGAAGGAAUGACUCGGAUGUUAUUUAAAAUCAGAGUGAUGGCUUUAUUGUGAUCAAGUGUCCCAGUAAGCGGUGACAAAAACAGCGUGCACAGUGCUGAAACUGACGCAGCUAAAGAGAAUACAGACAGCCGUCAUUCCUUUUAUUAUUCACGUUUUCUUUUUCUUUACUGCUCUCUUGUGGUAAAAAUGUCUCCCAAGAAGAAAGGCUUCCUACUGCUGUAACAAACAGCAGAGACUUGAGAGCGUGAAAAAAAAAAUCAAUCAGUGCCAUCUACUUUUGAAAUAAACUCGAGGCCUAAUGAGAAGAUGAGCCCUCAGUGAAGACACCCCUCAUCCCAAUUAUAUCCCUGUGCCCUACUGAGGAGUUAUAUAACCCACCCAGUGGCCCUUAUUGCCCCUGCAACCAGCAUUGCCACCUCCAAAAGACCCAGGCUCCAUUGAUGCGAGCUCCAGGUUGUGACAGUUUCCAAUAGUAACUACCCUUCCACAUGGCCCCUUCUUCUGACCCCUCCACAACUAAACCGUGUAGACUGGUGGGCAGCAAGAGCCCGGACAUCACAGUUGUUGUCAAGUAGGAACCUCCCUUCACUGUUGUUUUGUCCAAUUAGUCAACAUCUUGGGAAGGCUGGACAGUGAGCUCCGGUGUCCCAGAGCCCCCCCCCCCCCCCCCCCCCCCCCUUCAAGCUAGCUCGAUCACCAAAUCAUACCCACUUGUAGAACUUCUAUAUCUUAUACCCUCCCUUGACAGCCUUGUCAACAUCAACAAACCCAGACUUAGCAAGAGUAUUGUUGUUUUGGUUCUGAUUUCAUGACGAUCCUUUAGUGAAGAACCUGUUAAUGUACAGUGUGACUUUAUUUGAAGUUUACAGAUGCCCUGAUAGGACAUGCAUCCAUACUUUUUAUUCAGUCCAUUUACACAUCAUUUUCAAUCAUUUCCUGUUUAUUUCUCAAGAUCUCGUUUAUCUGGUACCCUCAGAGCAGCGAAAGCACUUAACGAAAAAAAAAAGGGAUUGACCCAACCUUUGUGGCCAAUGGCAGCGUGUCAUGUCACGCUCUGGCUUAUCACAGCCAUGAGUCUAUUGUUUGGCUUUCUAGAUCACCAGAAAGUGGUUUGUUGUAUUAAGAUAUUGAGUUGCACUAAUCUGGUAUAAUUGGAAAACCAGCUUUUUAGGUAACGAGAUUAAGAAAUCCAAAUUUGAAAACAACUGAAAUGGUCUCUUAUCAUGGGAAAACCAGCGUUAUCUCAAGAUACUGAGAUUUCGAGAAAACCAGGAAGGAUUUAUUAUACCGUGAAAACGGAGCAAAUAAAAUCUACGGUUGCAUGUCCGAUCAGCUCUUCUGUAGAAAUGAGAGAUGUUCUGAUGCCAUUGUUCCUUCCUUAUGCUGUCUCCGAUACACAGACUCACGUAUCGGCCGAUACCAAUGCCUCCUCAGACAGUAGUGUGAUUCAAAAUAAAUCAUUCUAUCGGACACGACACUCGAGCAGUUUCCUCCUGUGGUCCUCCCAUGGAAACCUCCACUACUGUAAAAAGAGAUUUCUGAAUGCAGACUGUUUAAGAAACUAGAGUACUGAAUGAUUUUGAUGGACAGAUUUGUUGUUUUGAGCAUUAGAAACACAGAAUGUAUGCUUACUGUUGCCUGCAUGAAUCAGAAAAGGGAAGACACUUCUGUCAAAUCAUUUUGGGUUGCACAGAUUUUUAACAUUUUAUCACACAAAUAAGAGGAGGUCUGCUCUUUGUUAGUCAUUCUCAUAACCGUACAAUCCAAAUCUACUGCUAUCGUUACGACACACCUCUGAUAGAAGGAUUUGCUCUUACACUUUGCGAUACAAUACCAUCGUGUUGUCUUUAAAAACUGUACUUGAUGUGUUAAAAGUCGGCAUUGUUGGAUUCUUUCGGCCUCUGUCUGUAAAUAGAGCUUUUUACUCAACAUAGUAUAGUUCUUUGUUUUUGACAGACGUGCAGCUUCGUGUUUUUAAGCAUUUUGCACUUUAUCAAAAAAAGCAGGAAGAUUCAGGAAACAGCCCUUAUUUGAAUGAUCUGUUCAAGAGUUGAACAAACAUAUUGAAUUAUUUAUUGCAACCUAUGACUGACAAAGUAUAUGUAAGUUAGAGCAUAAGAAGUGUACAGUAGAGAAACUAUCUUUACGAUGAAAGAAAUGUAUUAUGGUAAUCUUUUAUUCUAUCCAAAGUUUGAGUUUUCAUCCUUGAAAUGUUGAAAGUUUUCAUACUUUGACCACGUGUGGUUCCAUCCCUAAAGCUGCUUUAAGAAAAAAAAAAUGUCUCCCCUGUUAUUGUAGAGUAUAUAAUAUAUUUGCAACAAUAUGCAUCUUGCAGGUGAAUGCAAUUAUGCUAUUGUUUAGUCCUGUGUUCACAUAUUGGCCUGCUUUUUCUGUAUCUGUAGAGAAGAUGAAUUUCUCCAAAAAGCCUUCGCAUGUUAAGUGUAAAAUUCUCUGAAAUGUAUCAUCAAUCAGUAUAUCCCUGCAACAGUUAGACGCGGACUAGUUGUCAUUAGUUUAGAUCAUUUCAAUUAGGAAUCAGCUAAAGAAAACGUUUAGGAAGCUAAAAUCAUAUGAAGCCAUGGUGUCAGCGUGGACUCUCAUACUUAUACGUACAUUUGUUAGAGUAAAAGGAAUCUCAGAUGGCCAAAAUGUGGAAAAAAAUUGAAAUUUUUCAUUUCUUUUGCAAGUCACUGCUGUACAUACCAAGUGUCCUAUCCAUGCCUUCUGUCUUUUGUAUUGUUAACUUUCAUGUCAGCACAAACUGUAAAUUGAUUUUGAUUCUCCAUGUUAAAUGUUAUUUUUGUUAUUAAACAUGUUUAUUAUGCCUUUUCCCAAAAA